AUGAAAAAAAAUAUUCUAAUUUUGAUCUUAAUUAUUGCAGUUCUAGGCUGUGUUGUAUCAAAAUAAAUUACCGUUCCUCUUAGACUGAGUAAGGAUAACUAACUUUACUUUAGCUCUAACUAUGGUUCUGCUUAGUGUUAAGUUGAUUUUUUUAUUUCAAUUAAUCAUUGCAAUAACUCUAUUUAGUAAUCCAAUGAUGUCCUAGAAAAAUGCGGAGCUAAAUAUGUUGAAAAAAGCCCAUAAUAUAAUGGUAAAAAUUAUAAAUCUAAAUUUUAGCUUGGAGAUUAAUCGUAUGAACUCACUGUAACUUCACCUAAUACAGAUAAAUCUUCAUUUUAUGGAUAUAGCAUUUUAUGCUUAGGUUUCAUAAAAUAUGAUUUCUAAUUAAAUGCCAUUUAACAAUUACAUGCCUCUAAAUAAAUUGCUGAGUAGAAAUUUUUUAUAACAUUGAAUAACACAGCUCCUUCUUCAGUAGAUUAAGUCAUAGGGUAACUCGAUUUCGGUACUCCAGAUACUUCUAUAGCUUCAAUAAAUAACUUUGUAUAGAUAAAAAAAUAAUACAGUGUUGUAUCUUACGGAGCUGAAUCUAAAAAUUAUUUUAACUAUGGUUAAGAAUAGAUUUAAAGUGAUGACACUAUUUACUUUAAUUUAGAUUCCGCAUUCACAGGCAUCUCUAUAGAAUCUUUCUAAAAAUUAAUAUCUUUGUUAGAAUAACAGGGAGUUGCUUAUGAAUUCAUAUCAGAAAAAAAUGCUCUAUUUGUGAAUUCUAUUGAUAAAUUAUAAGCUUUAUAAUUUGUUUUAUCCUAAGUAGAUAAUAAACCCUACAUUUUAACCAUCAAUCCAACCUAAUAUACUAAGAAAUUAAGUGAUAACAAAUUCUAAAUAAUGAUUUAGCCUUAAUACACUAAAGGAUUUUCAUUUUUAGGAUAUAAUGUGUUGGAAUCAUACUACGUUGGUUUUGAUUUAUCUACAAAGUCAGUAUUAAUCGCAGAAAAGAAAUAAGUUUAAUCUGAAUAAUAUUGA